UCUAUCCAUAAGAAACUUUUUCCAAUUCAAGAAUUUUCUCUCUCCUCUAUCUUUUCCAUUUACAUCUGAUUUUCUUUUUUUGGGGGGUUGUUGGUUGGUUAAGGUUUUUACUAAAACAAGAACAAUAUGUGGUUUUGUAAAUUAUAAUAAUGCCAUUUGUUUCUUUUUUUGGUUGGCUUUGACGAAGUUAAGAAAAAGCAAAAAAAUAAUAACUGAUCAAAAUAGAUGCAACAUAUUUGAACAAAUUGCUAGAAUUGGUUGUGGGUGUGUUUCGUCCCUCUUUCUCUGUGUGUGAUAUCUAAUAGCCCCACACACAGCAGAUGAUUCAAAUUCAAUCAAACAACCUGCACGCCUAUUAUAUCUCUCUAUAACCCCUACCCUUUUAUAGCUCUUACUCUCUUCUUUGCUCAUCACUAUUCACACACCUUACUGUCUUUUUUUUUUUUCUUUUCUUUUCUUUUUUCGGGUAAUUAAUUAUUUACUUUUCUUUGUUUAAUCUAUUUCUCUUCUGGGUUUUUGUCUAUUUUGUUUUGAUUGCGAUGGUGAGAGGGAAGACAGAGUUGAGGCGUAUAGAGAAUGCGACGAGCCGACAAGUGACCUUCUCAAAGAGGCGAAAUGGGUUGCUAAAGAAGGCUUCUGAGCUUUCAGUUCUCUGCGAUGCCGAAGUCGGUCUCAUCGUCUUCUCUCCUAGAGGAAGGCUCUAUGAAUUCGCCAGUUCAAGCAUGCAGGGGACGAUAGAACACUAUCAGAGCUUCAAAAAGGAUGCUCAAACUGAUGACACGUAUAAGGAACAAAACAUGCAGAAUUUGCAGCAUGAAGCGGAAAACAUGGCGAAGAAGAUUGAGCAGCUCGAAUCUUCAAAACGGAGACUCUUGGGAGAAUGUCUAGGGUCAUGCACCAUUGAAGAACUGCAACAGAUUGAGAAACAGUUGGAACGAAGCGUAGUCAACAUCCGGGCAAGAAAGAUGCACGUGUUCAAGGAAAAGAUUGAGCAGUUAAAAGAGAAGGGGAAACUUCUAGCAGCUGAAAAUGCAAUUCUACGUGAGAAGCAUGGACCCCAACAGCCACAGGAAGGAUUAAAUAAAGAGAAACAAAGUUUGCCCUGCAGAGAAGGGAGUGAUAAAUCAGAUUUGGAUGUGGAUGUGGAGACUGAGUUGUUCAUUGGACCGCCGGAUGCAAGAACAAAGCGUACUCCCCAAAAGUAAUUGCGGACAGUCCAGGCCAUGUCUUACAUAUCUUCAAUUUAAAUCCAUAGUAUGAUGGUAGCUUUUUUCCAAUUUCUGUUUUCAUUUUCAAUAUAUCGUAUAACAUUUUAUUUAUUGUAACAAGAUCAUCUAGAAUGACUGAAAAUUAGUACACGAAAAAUUGUGUCCUGGUGUUUAUUGCAUAUCAUUAUAAUAGUAGUACUCUAAUUCACACCUUCA